CACCCCGCGGCCCGCGCUCCAAAAUCGAAUUCCUUCCCCUCCCCCCCGCAGGCUCGCAUCACGGCACGCCGGAGCCAUCGCCGCCGCCGCCUGGACCCCUCCGCGCACCGCCGACGCCGCCUGGACCCCUCCGCGCACUGCCGACGCGGUCUACACCCUGCGCUGGGCUUCCAGGUCCCAGCGCCCGCGCCGCCCGUUCGCCACCUGAGCCCCUCGCCGGCGGACCGCGCCCCUCACCCCUGCGGGCACGCGCGACCUCCAUGGCCUCCACCGCUGCCGGAGGGGGUGCGGCGCGCGGUGGCUUGAACCCUCCGCACCCGAACCCUAGCGGCGGUGGUGGCCCUACGCUCCGGUCGCCGCCGGGGAAAGGGAAUAAGCCCGUCGCCCUCGCCGACAUCACCAACACUGGGAAGCCCAACGCCGCCAGAUUCAUCGCCGUCCCCGACCUCGUCAAGGAGAACGCCAAGUUGAUGGCUCUGCUCAAUGAGAAGACAAAGAUCAUUGACCUCAGCAGGGUUGAGAUAUACAAGCUCCGUCUUGUGCUGCAAGCAUCGAAACAACAGAAUCUACUCCUUGCACAAAACAAUUCCCAGAUGCUUGCGGAAAUAAACACAGGGAAAGAUCGAAUUAAGCUAUUGCAGCACGAGCUUUCUUGUACAGCAGCACUGCUUAAAGUAAAGGGUUCAGAGCUUGAUAGAAAUAAAAACGCUGCCAAAGAACAGAGAAAGGGACUGAAAGCUAAGGUCUUGAAAGGCACAGGUUCCAUAGUCGCAGGAGUUGACUCGGAAACCAGUGGUGUCGAACACCAUUUGGUUGAAUCUCAAUCUGACGUAUCAUCAAAUACCGUCUGCCAAGAGCCACCACGAGAUGGAAAACAAAAGGGAAUGCCUCAACGGAGAAGGUCUUCGAGGCUGAACCAAGGUUCCUGUGAGAUCGGCGGAGUAUCUCAGGAUACAUUGCAUGAGGAAAAACAGUAUAGGAAAAGCACUGGAAAACAUGUGGAGAAGUCACUGCAAAAUGAGUGCAGUGCAACAGUGCAUGAACUGGUAAGGGCUUCAGAAUUCGAGGAAACUGAGAUAAAUGAGCAACCACAAAAAACAAAUUUGAAGGAGAUACAGGAAGCUUCCAGGGAAGCUGGUGUUCAGUCUAAUAAAAUUGGUGAUAAGGCCUUCAACAGUAAACAAGACCAUUUGACAGGAAGUGAAUCAUCUCUGUUAUUCAAUACUGUUGACCCUCCCGAGCCACCAGAAGACAACGCUAUGAAGCGGUGCUCAAAAAAACGGUCAGCCAUAGAGGAUGUAAAUACCAAACUAGACACGACUACCUGUGAGCCAUUGCGCCAGGAAGAAAAGAGCCUUAAUAUUUGCAGAAAACCUCAAAGGAGAAAAUCUGCAAGACUGAAUUCAGUAUCUUCUGAGGACACGGAUAUCACUGUUGAGACUGUGCACGAAGAUGUUGUUGCUUCUUUGGCCGGUUCCAGUUCAAACGCAUCCAUGGAGCAGAGGACAAAUCAAGAGAAGAAUGAUAAUUGUUCCUUGAGGAAAUCUAAUGAAGAGCAGAUAUCAGGAAGGAGGUCUUUAAGGCGAGCUGCUGAAAAGGUUGUCUCAUACAAGGAGAAACCCUUGAAUGAGCCAUUGCGCCAGGAAGAAAAGAGCCUUAAUAUUUGCAGAAAACCUCAAAGGAGAAAAUCUGCAAGACUGAAUUCAGUAUCUUCUGAGGACACGGAUAUCACUGUUGAGACUGUGCACGAAGAUGUUGUUGCUUCUUUGGCCGGUUCCAGUUCAAAUGCAUCCAUGGAGCAGAGGACAAAUCAAGAGCAGAAUGAUAAUUGUUCCAUGAGGAAAUCUAAUGAAGAGCAGAUAUCAGGAAGGAGGUCUCUAAGGCGAGCUGCUGAAAAGGUUGUCUCAUACAAGGAGAAACCCUUGAAUGUUAAGAUGCGCCGACCUUAACUACCAGGAGGAUGACUAUUUUGACAUAUGGUAGCUCGCUGUCCUGACUAGCCUUAGCUGGUAUCCUCCAGUUUUUUGUGUGCCCCAGAAUAAGUGAUUGCUUGGACAUCUUGUUCUGCUUCAAAUAAACCACCAAAACCUGUAUCCACCUUGUCAAUGUAGUAGCUAGCACUAGUGGAGAUAUACCAUUCUCCUUUCCUAAAAUAUGUUGUCUUGCUCAUUGUUGUUCUUGCUAACUCGAUGUAGUAUGAUUUCUGAACAAUUGCCAUUGUACAUGCUAAGCUUGCUCUUAAUUUGGCAAGCUUUUGGUAUGCUGUACAUGUCAAACUUUAUUCUGUUUGUGUGACAUUGAUAUAGAAGCUUAGCUACCAGAAACCAGAUCCUCCCAUUCAUGGUUGGUCUGUCCUUUGAGAA